UGUCGAAUAAAAACAAGUUGAGGGCUUAAAAACGAUGGAUUCAGUGAAAACAACUUGGGUUAUGAAAAUUGAUAUAAUUAAACAUCGUUGAUUUUGAUGAAGUUGAUUGAAUUUGAACAAUUGAUCAGUCUUUGUAAAGGAACUUAUUGAAACAAAGUUUCAACAAGUUAUGCUAGUUGAAAAAUUAAAAUAGCACUAGUUGGAACAAAGUUUCAACAAGGCAAAGUUUUAUUGUGGCGUAUAUAAACGAGUGAAGUUAUCAAAAAGUUGUAUGGAAUGAGCAAAGUUACAGCAAAUUUCUCAAAUGUCGUUAAAAAGUGCAUGAAUUUACGUCGAAAUUCUCUGGUUCUCUGAAAAAAUGCAUAAAGUUGUGAAUUAGAAGUGAUGAGAGAGUUCUUGAGGAGUUAGGACAUAGUGGUGACAGAAACUCAGGUUCACUUAGUUUUUAUUUGUGGUAAAUACAAGUGAUGGAAGGUGACGUAAUGAAAGAUUCAUAAUACCUAAAAAAUGAUUGUCAAGUGCGAAAUCAACAUGAGCACCACAUAUUACUUCUCAUUACAUCACGUCUUGUAACAUAUCAACAUGAGGACCUCAUAGACUCAACAUAAAAUCACGUCACUUGGCUUAUUAACAUGAGGAAGUCAUAGACAACAUAACAUCAGCUAGGUCAGCAUGAAGCUCGUCAUGUGCCUGGUAGCUCUGGCCACGGUCCUGCCGCAGAGACCUGCAGACGCGGCCACGCUUGAAGCCCUAAAUGGUUCACUCCACGGACUGAUGAGCGUAAUUGGGGGGGAGGCUCUGCUUCCCUGCUCCUCUCAUCCCCAGCCUUCGGGGCUCACCGCCCCCGAGCAUUUCAGUCAAGAUGGGGAAGAAUCCCGAUACUCUUCCCCUCGGUCAUCCGGACCCUCAUUCUUCCUCCACACUAAUUCUUUGUCCCCAACCUGGGGACACGAAGAACCUCAACCCCACGGGGAGCUUGGCGCUCCUCAGGCUCGAGGACUCGUACACUCUUCCUCAUCUAGAGAUUUGCUGUCGAGGCACAAAGCUCAGUACCUGCCUCCGGCGCGUCAGUCUCGCCCUUACGCGGCGCUGCCGGACCAGCCUGUGCUGGUGCUCUGGUACAAAGAUGGGCUCGGUACGCCUAUUUACAGUUUCGAUAACCGGUCACACGUCCCUCGUAUCUGGACGGACAUUGACGUGCUGGGACGACGCGCCGUCUUCAACGUCAGUGAGGGCGUCCUGACCAUCGUUGAUGUGCUGCCUAGUGACGAAGGCGUCUACAGAUGUAGGGUCGACUACCGCAGCGCCGCUACCAGCAUCACCAGGACCAACCUCACCGUAAUAGUACCACCGAACGAACCUGAGAUCCGCGACGCUGCGGGCCAAGCAGCAGCGGAUCUGCCCGAGUACAACGAGGGCGACCCGCUGAACCUCGUGUGUUCAGUCAAGGGGGGCCGCCCCCGCCCCACCGUGCGCUGGUACGUGGGGGACACGCUGCUGGACGACACGGACGAGACGCCGCAGGCUGGCGUCACGUCCAACAGCCUGCGUGUGGCGGCCCUGGACCGCAGACUCGCCCACGCGCCACUGCGCUGCGUGGCGUCCGUCCCGCAGACAAUGCCUGUGCAGACCACAGUCAGCCUCACUCUUAACUUGAGUCCUUCUUCCGUGCACAUCACUCGCAACGGCGCGGCGCUGACAGCAGGCAAGCUCUACCUGGUCGAGUGCGAGGCGGGGGGCGCUGUGCCCCCUGCGGUCAUAAGGUGGUCCCUCAACGGCAGGAUGCUCACCACACAUACUAAUGCUAUGAGGGGGGGUGGGGGCAACACCAGCGUAUCCACGCUACGCUUCACUCCCGCUGAGGGGGAUGAUGGAGCGACGCUCGAGUGCAGCGCCACGUCCCCCAAGCUCCCCAACCGCCCCCUCCGCGACCACUGGGUCAUCACAGUCAACCACGUGCCACGCCUGCGCGCCUCGCUGGGUCAGGCGCUGUCGUCUGUCAGCCUGCGGGCAGGCGACGACGCCUUUUUGGAGUGCAGCGUUCACGCCAAGCCCGCCAUAUACAGACUCGCCUGGCGACACAACGGCCAAGAGGUGCACCACAACAUCUCGGCGGGGGUGAUCGUCCACAACCACUCGCUGGUCCUACAGAGGUUGUCCCGCAGCCAGUCCGGCCAGUACUCCUGUGUAGGAUCAAACUCUGAAGGAGAUGGCGAGAGUCCUCCACUCCUGCUCCAAGUUCGAUAUGCUCCAGAAUGUGCCGAUAACCAAGCUUUUAUAUACGAUGCAGCUCGCAAUGAAGAGGUCACGGUUCGCUGUCGUCUCGAUGCGUACCCCACGAACGUAACAUUUCGCUGGCGCUUCAACAACUCGGGCGAAAUGGUCGACAUUUCCUCGGACCACAUCGUGACCCACGGCCUAGAAUCCUCCUUAUCCUACGUGGCCAGGACUGACCUGGACUACGGCACAUUAAUCUGUUGGGGAUCGAAUGACCUGGGCGUCCAGAGGCGGCCGUGCACGUACCGAGUAGUGCCUGCUGAACUACCACGACCUCCUACCAACUGUACCAUCGCUAGUGGUGGUGAUGUGGACCAGGCCGAGUACCAGAGAGGGACAGAGUGGUUAUCAGAGGCGGUACCUACCAGGGAAAAUUUCUUUCAUGAGCUCAAUUACCUCAGGGAAGACGAAGCUGAUGACAAUAAGACCCCUGAAGCGUUCAAUACCGGGGUCUUGUCAGCUGAUGAAUUUAAAACCCCUAAGGUCUUGGCAUCUGAUGACCUGAAGACCUCAAAGACGUUCAGUACUGGGGUCUUAACUGUCAAAUGCAUAUCAGAUAACAGCGUCGACCUUCCGAUGCGGUUCUCUGCGAUGGUGUACGAAGCAGACACCCAUCGACUCCUUUACAACGUCACCAAUUCCACCACACCGCAGUUCCACAUCAGAAGUUUCGACCAAGUGGCGGAUUUAGAUAUAACGAUUUUCUCAACAAACAAUCGCGGAAUCUCCGAGAAAGUCUGGCUUAAGACCCGAGCGAAUGUUGACAUCGCCGAGAAGAGGACAGCGCAUGUGCGACAUUCCCCCUCGCCUCCCCCCGCUUUGGGUGAGGGGCUGAGGAAAGGCAACCCUCGAAAAGAACAUCAGGAGCUGCUGGUACCGGUGCUGGCAGUGGUGCUGGGAGUGCUGGGGAGCUUGGGUCUGGUAUCUGUGGUGGCGGUGCUGGUACUGCUGGUACGGCGGUCUUCAGGCAGGCGUACCAACGUACGCAGCGAUACACGUACCAGCUCAGUACCCGAUUCCCCGGACUCUAAUCCCGACGUCGUACCUAUUUACGGAGAGGGGGAAAUGUCCCCUCGAGGCAUGAGGAGGCGGGGGGAUGGACUGGAGUGCAGUCCAUUGUGUCCUGCUAUGCCUCCCCAUUCCCCAGCAUCCCUUAGGGCAAAGGGGAAUGUCAUGGAGAUCGCGUACAUGGACCCCAUUCACCCCGGCGCAGAAAACGUGUUCCCAGUGGCCCUCUCCCCCUCAUCCCCCCGGCGUCCCCGUGGCGGGGGGAUGAGAUGCCCACCUGACACCCACCAUUGCAACCCCACUUUGGCCCACCCCCACCAAAUGCUGCCGGCAAGCCCCUGCCUCACCCGUCACCCGCACCUGGGGGCAGUGGGCCACGGUUCACCCAUCAACAGCUGGUCCCCCUGUCGCGGAGGUCACCCACGACAGAGAACACCCACCAUCUCAUCCAUGUGUUCCAUGUGCACAUCAUGCGACAUGCAGCCUUUGUUGCAGCAUACGAUGCUUGAUGCCAGUCAUUCUCAUCUAGCAGCUCCGCAUGCCAUGCAAUCAUCCUCAUUAGUUCCGCAUUCCAAUCAUUCUUCAUCACUAGUUCCAAUUUCUAGUCUUGCACCACCAACACUAGUCCCAUUCUUCAACCCUGCUCCAACACUGGUGUCAUACCCCAGUCAUGCACCAACACUAGUUCCAUUUUCUGUUCAUGCCACACCACUAAUUUCGAGCUCCACUCAUACUUCACCUCCACUGCCGUUCUCCAGCAAUGCUUCCACGUUGGUUCCUUGCUCCAGUUUUGAUCCUGGAGCAUCUUCUAUAUCAGACAUCGACCACAUCCCUCCUCCAGCCAUGUUCCAGAAGCCCUUGUUGACCACACAAUCUAGACCGGAGAGUGAGUGCUCUCCAGAUGGCAUGGAACCCUGCACUGAAAACCUUGACCAAGAUGGUGAAGAAAUACGCAUGAACUGUCAAACUUGCGCUCAAGUUUCAAAGGCCAACUUUCCAUCUCCUCUGUCGGGUCCAAGUUGCGCUCAAGUUUCGACGGAGAAUUUCCCGAGAUCUCAGUCCGCCAUAUUCGUUACCAAGGGCGCAGCGCCCCUUGCGUCGGGAGGCGGUGGACCCAUAGCCCCAGGACCCGUGCCCGCAGCCCCAGGACUAGUGCCCGUAUCCCCAGGACCCGUGCCCGUAUCCCCAGGACCCGUGUCCGGGUCUCGGACGUCGGAGCAAAUUGACGACGAGCGUCUCGCCGAAAGCAGAGUUUGAGACACGGACAACGAGACUUUAAUUCGUGCAUUCAGAGCAAUGAGUGAGACAUUAUCCGAAUAGCGAUGUGCUUUUAGACAUUGUGUGCGUCAGCCUGACCCUUCAAGUUAGGCCUGGCAUAGGGGCGUAUCAGUGCUAUGGGAAGAAUGAAGCACUAUUUGGACACAUUAUUUUUCUCAGUGUAUAAGCAGAGAGAAAUCGAGCUAUAUAUGACAACCGUCAAUAAUAAUGCAUCAAUAUAAUCAUGGGUUAAAAUAAAAGCAAUUAUAACGGAAUUACAUGCAGUUUUCAUGUUAGGUUUGAUACACUCGGAAAAAUGAUUGGGUUAUUUUGUCCAAAUGGUGAUACUAACUGCACGUUCCACAGAUACGCGCAUUUGUCAGGCCAAACUUGGUCAAAAUGACUAAAAAAAGCUAAAAGGGGUAUCGCUAUGCGGACAAAAAUUCACUCAUUUAACUGAGUGAUUUACGGAUUGUGAGAAACUAUUUUCGAAUGGAAUUUAAAUGAACUGAACACUGAUGAGAGAAGUGAGCAAGGAUAUUAGUAACUAAUUCUAUGAAUGACAUUACAACAAUCAUGGAA